AUGGCUCAUGUAGCUCGUAAUAAUACGGAUACAAGUACAAAACCACUUAUGGAUCGAUUAACACAUGCUAUAAUAAAAGAAACAUCAAAAAAUUUGAAAUAUUAUAUGGAUGUAAAACGUCGUGAAAAUGCUUUUGUUCUUAAUCCGAAUUCAUCUAUACGUGACUCAACAUCACUCAAAACAAAAUUUAAUUAUGGAACAACUAAAGAACAUCUAUCACUCUAUAGUUCUUAUUAUGCAGAUAAAGAUAAUACAAGUCAUUUACCAAGUUUUCAACAAAAACAAAGACAACUUCAUUCAAGUACAACGAGUCCUGAAAAACAAAUGUGCCGUGAAGAAUUAAAUUUUCAUAUGCGUACAUAUAACUUUUCACCAAGAGAAGGUCAAAAAUUAUCAGAACUUCGUUUAAAACCAACAAUUCGAUCAAGUUCAUCAUGUGGUGUUCAUCGUGAUUCUCAACCACGAUCAGCAUACAGAUUAACACGUCAUGAACAAGAUCAAUUAAUUGAUGAUGCAGCGGAUAUUCUUGCAUCUAUGGUUAAAUCACGACGUUCAAUUCAUGAAACGAAUUUAUUAGGGCAACAGACACCAACGAUAUAUAUUUCGCAAAAUCCGAAUCUUUCUCCACGUCAUACUGAUGAUCAAUCAAAUGUUCAAUCAUCUCUAACUUAUCCAACAACUGAUUUACGAAUUUUUUCAAUAAAACAUCAACCGAAAAGAGAAAAACGAACAGCAAAUGAUCCUCUUGCUAAAUCAACAUCUAUUAUGAAAAAAUCCAAACCAAUUAAUAAAGGUUUUCUAUGUGAAUAUAAAAUAUCAAUUACAACAGGAAAUUGUAAUGGUGCAUCAACAAAUGCACCUAUACGUAUUAAACUUUAUGGAACAAAUGGGCAUACAAAUUUUGAUGAACUUACUCAUUCUGAAACACAUCGGAUACCAUUUUUAAAAGAUCAAACUGAUAUAUUUACUCUUCAAACAUAUCAUGUUGGAGAAUUAGUAGGAAUUACGAUUGGACAUGAUCGAAAAGAUAUGCGAGCAAGCUGGUUUUUAAACAAAAUAUCAAUUGAUGAUCCAAUUCGUAAUAAAACUUAUAAUAUUUCGUGCAAUGCUUGGUUAUCAAGUAAAUCAAAUGAUCAGAAAACCAUGCGUGAUUUUCAAGUUGCUUCAAUUGUAUCAAAUAAAACGAAGAUCAGUUCCGACAAGCAUCGAGAAGAAAAUGAAAGUCAAUCUGAUUAUUCUACAAGAACGAUCGAAGGUACAGCUACAUCAAAUGAAACAAAUCUAAGUGAAAAUGAUUUAUUAACUGAUCAUAAAGAAGUUAAAAAAUAUCGAAAACAACAACAUGUAUCAAUUGGUCCAACAACAAUUGCUAAAAAACUAUCAUCAACGUCUGCAAAUACAAAUAAUUCUUCUCAAUUACCAACAUUAUCAACAACCACAAUUGAAAGUCAUUUUAAUCAAAAUGAUUUACUUCUUCCACCUAUACCUCGAAUUCGUUCACCACCACUCUCUGCAACAUCUUCAGAUACUGAAAUUGAAGGUAACAUGGCGAAUCGAAGUCGUUCAACAUCACGAACACCAUCACCAACAUUUAAUCGAGCACGUUUACAACCUGUUUCUGAAGAUGAUGCAUUGCAAACAAAAUCAACAUAUCUGUUUAAAAAACAUUCAAUUGAUCUUGAUCGACCACCAGCACGACUUGAAAAAAGAAUUUCACCAUUAUCCAUUUCACCUGAUCAACCAAAUAGAAACAAUGAAGAUAAUAAUGAAAACAAUCUUCUUUCUUUUAUUGAAUAA